AUGAGAAACGCAUUGGGUAUCGAUGAUAGAGAGAAAACAACAACAGCAAGUGGAUUAUUAUCUAGCAUAAUUUUGGCAACAGCCAUCAAGUCAUCACCAUUUUCAAUUAUUGGUAUAACUUUAGAUUUCACACGAUUAUCAACAUCGACGAUUACCAUUCCAUCUCAAGAAUCCACUGAACCAUCAAUGCCGGUGGCUACGAAUCCAUUUCGAGAAUCCGCUGAACCAUCAAUGCCGGUGGCUACGAAUCCAUUUCGAGAAUCCACUGAACCAUCAAUGCCGAUGGCUACGAAUCCAUUUCGAGAAUCUACUGGACCAUCAACAUCGAGGCCCACUAUCUUAUUUUCACAAGCACAAAUUCCUGAAAAAUAUUCAACUUAUAAAAUUAGUCGACUUUCAUCAAUAACUCAUGUUUCAACAAUAACAACUACAAUGAUAUCAGGAACUAAUUCAAUGUCAUCUAAACAACAACAAGGUUUAUCAUCUCAUCGUAUUCGGGACUCGUCUGAACUCAGUGUUGAUCAUCUCAACUGUUCUAUUUGUCAAAAAUUACUUUGGAAACCUGUUGCCUGUCAAUCAUGUGAAACACCUUUCUGUUCAGCAUGUAUUUAUCAAUGGUUGAUCAACAAUCCAAAAAAGUGUCCAAAUUGUGAUGAAAACUACAUUGAACGAGAAUGCCCUCCAUUUGUUACUAAGCUACUUGCUCAAUUGCAGAUUGCUUGUUUUUAUGAAUCUAAUGGUUGCAAACAAAUCAUUCCAUAUGAAAGAUUAGAUAAACACGAGACUGAAUGUGGUUUCCAGUAUCAGCAAUGUCCUGGUUGUCAAUCACAAAUAUUGAAAAAAGAUUUCGAUAACCAUACGAGUAGCUGUGCAUCAAUUGAAUUAACUUGUCAAGAUUGCAAACUCAUAUAUAAAAGAGGUGAAGCUGCUAAAAAACAUACAGAAAAAAUUUGUGUGAAAGAACAACUUCGACAACUUCGAGAUGAAUGUAAAGAGAAUAAACGUGAAGUACACGAACUCACUCUUCAAUUGGAUGAAAUUCGCAUAUUGAGUGAGUGA